AUGUUAAAGCUUGACGCUGAAUCCGAGAACAAUGUCCAACAUCAACAACAUACUGUCGACCUUCAUACGCUGCCUAAUAAUUCUGACCAAUUGACAACAGUCGGUGGCGACUCCCAGAAUACUUUAGAUGUUGUGCAGACUCUUGGUCGACUUGCGAAAAGUCGCGAAGAUGCUGGGAUACUGCCUCGAGAGUUAGGCGUCUCGUUUCGCGGACUUGAAGUUAUUGGCCUGGGUGCAGCAUCGUCUUACCAGGACACCGUCGGCUCCAUAUUCAACCCCUCCAACAUGAUCAAGCAAAUACAAGCCCAACGCCAUCCGUCAACACGCCACAUAAUUUCUGGUUUCGAGGGCACAGUAAAACCCGGCGAAAUGCUGCGUCAGUACCUCCCACCUAACCAAUAUUUUAAAUCUCUUACUCACACAAAUCUAUCACCAACAGUCGUCCUUGGCCGCCCCGGCUCAGGCUGUUCCACCCUACUUAAAAUUCUCACUAACAAACACGACGAGUUCCACUCCACGAGCGGGGACAUCCUCUACAACACCUUCCUUCCAGGCCAAAUCUCCGCCCACUUCCGCGGGGACGUGCACUACUGCCCUGAGGACGACAUCCACUUCCCCACACUGACCGUCGGGCAAACCGUAGAGUUCGCCGCGCGCGUGCGGGCACCUCGGGCCGCUGCGCGGAUGGGCGAGAGCAGAGCUCAGUAUGCGAAGCAUACAGCGGAUGUGCUGCUCAAGCUCUUUGGCUUGGAGCACGCGCGGAACACGCAGGUGGGCGACGCAACGAUACGCGGCAUCUCUGGUGGGGAGAAGAAAAGGCUGUCUAUUUGUGAGGCGAUGGCGGCGAGGUCGUGCCUAACGUCAUGGGACAACGCGACCAGGGGACUCGACUCGUCAACAGCACUGGAAUUUGUUCAGAUUCUGCGAGCGGCAACUGAUAUCAACCGACUAACAAGCAUCGUGUCGCUUUACCAAGCCGGUGAGCGCUUAUAUGAAUUGUUCGACAAGGUCUGCGUGGUCUACGAAGGUAGAAUGGCCUACUUUGGCCCUGCCAACCAAGCCCGCGACUACUUCAUCAACCUCGGAUACGAGCCCGCGCACCGCCAAACAACCGCCGACUUCCUCGUCUCCGUGACCGACCCUAACGCGCGUAUCCCGCGCUCAGACCUCGCCCUCCCCGCUCCACGCACCGCCGCAGAGUUCGCGUCCGCCUUCACCCGGUCUGACAUCGGCCAAAAGAACGCGCAGAGCGUGGACAUCUUCCGCGCCGAGCUGCAAGCUGAUAGGAAGGUAUCGGAGGUGUAUGUAAAAAGUGCUAGGGAAGAACAUGAUAAGUUGGCUAGAGCUGGCUCCUCGUAUGUCGCAUCGCUGCCAGCACAGGCAGCGGCAGUCAUGCUCAGACGAAUUCAGAUACUUCGGGGGGCACUGGUGAUAUCUAUCAUUAAUAUGGUGUACGUCUUCUCCGUUAUCUAUAAGCUAUUUGCCUUCGCUCACACUGCAGGUUUACCCAGCGGAUACAUCUUCCAAGGAAUAGUCCUCGGCACAACCUUCCUCAAGGAACCAGCAUCCACGAACUCAUUCUUCUCGCGCUCUGGCAUCCUCUUCUUGUAA